UAGUUGUGUGACUUUUAGCGAAAUCUGUAGCCUUUCUGUUGGCCUUUGCGGUGGCAUAGGAAGACUCUUUAAGAAUAUACCAUCUUCCCCCCGCACACUUUACCUCACUCAUUGGGAUCUGGUAUCCUUUUGUCCAUCACGCGAGUCUUCCCAUCACGCGAUCGUGUGCAUGAGUGUGACACGGUGAGGGUGGCAAAGUUUCCAUCAAGGACUACUUUGAGGACAUCGCGCGCCUCACAAAUUUGCCGAUAAUUCCGCCAGCGAAAGGAUUAUUGGCGCAAACCGAAAUGGUGCGUGUCUUCAGCACGGUCUUUCUGAUCGUGAUCUCUGUGAUUUUAGUCGUCGCAACACCUUCUGCCGAUGAGACACUCCAUCAGCGCGUCAAGAGACAAGAUGAUGAUCUCGAGGGGCCAGACGUUGGAUCGAUUGAGGAGCUGUGCCACGACAGGCCGGCGGAUGAGUACUUUCGUCUGACCACCGAAGGCGAUUGCAGAGAUGUUGUGCGGUGUGACAAUGCGGGUGAGAAUGGCAUCACUCGCCUGGCCACAGUUCGAUGUCCCAUCGGACUGGCAUUUGACGUGACACGCCAGACAUGUGACUGGAAGUCAAAUGUUAAAAAUUGUGACCAAUUAGGGAAGCCGCGAAAAGUGCUGCCCAUUCUCAAGACGGAUGAACCUGUUUGCCCCGAAGGGCGUCUGUCCUGCGGAAAUGGCGAGUGCGUGGAGAAAGAGUUGUUCUGCAACGGAAAGCCAGACUGCAAGGACGAAUCGGACGAGAACGCCUGCACCGUCGAUCUGGACCCGAACCGAGCGCCUGAGUGCGAUCCGACGCAGUGCAUCCUGCCCGAUUGCUUCUGCUCCGCCGACGGCACGCGCAUCCCCGGCAGCAUUGAGCCGCAGCAGGUGCCGCAGAUGAUCACGAUCACGUUCAACGGAGCUGUGAACGUGGACAACAUCGAUUUGUACGAGGACAUCUUCAACGGGCAGCGCCAGAACCCGAACGGCUGCCAGAUCAAGGGCACGUUCUUCGUGUCGCACAAGUACACCAACUACUCGGCGGUGCAGGAUCUGCACAGGCGAGGCCACGAGAUCUCCGUGUUCUCACUCACGCACAAGGACGAACCCAACUACUGGACGCACGGCACGUACGACGACUGGCUGGCGGAGAUGGCCGGCGCCAGGCUGAUCAUCGAGCGCUUCGCCAACAUCACGGACGGCUCGAUCAUCGGCAUGCGCGCGCCGUACUUGCGCGUCGGCGGCAACAAGCAGUUCGAGAUGAUGGCCGACCAGUUCUUCGUGUAUGACGCCAGCAUCACGGCGUCGCUGGGCCGCGUGCCCAUCUGGCCGUACACGCUGUACUUCCGCAUGCCGCACAAGUGCAACGGCAACGCCCACAACUGCCCCUCGCGCAGCCACCCCGUGUGGGAGAUGGUGAUGAACGAACUGGACCGUCGUGACGAUCCCACCUUCGACGAGUCCCUGCCCGGCUGCCACAUGAUCGACUCCUGCUCCAACGUGCAGACCGGCGAGCAGUUCGGCCGCCUUCUGAGGCACAACUUCAACCGCCACUACAACACCAACCGCGCGCCACUCGGCCUGCACUUCCACGCGUCGUGGCUCAAGUCAAAGAAGGAGUAUCGCGACGAGCUGAACAAGUUCAUCGAGGAGAUGCUGGGUCGCAACGACGUGUUCUUCGUGACGAUGCUGCAGGUGAUCCAGUGGAUGCAGAACCCGACCGAGCUGAACGCCCUACGCGACUUCCAGGAGUGGAAGGAGAAGUGUGAUGUGAAGGGACAGCCCUACUGCUCCCUGCCCAACGCCUGCCCGCUCACCACGCGCGAGCUGCCCGGCGAGACGCUGCGUCUGUUCACGUGCAUGGAGUGUCCCAACAACUACCCGUGGAUCCUCGACCCCACCGGCGACGGCUUCUCCGUGAAAUAAAGCCGCGCGCGAGAGAGGGAAAAGACACGC